CUUCUUUUAGCCCACACAGCUUCGCACCGCAGUACUGCCCGAUAACCCUGCUCUCAUGCUAUGCCGUUUUAGUCGGGACAGAAUUAGCAAAAAUGGGGGAGAGGGGGGUAAGAAAAUAGGGUUGUCAUGGAGAAAAGGAGCGAGAGGGAAGUGACUUAGGCUUUCUGUUGAGGAAGGCCCUGCUCUGCGCUUUGGUGGUCGGUAAGGCUGUCUGCCGCUGUUACCAUCGCCUCCGUUAUAAGGAAAAGUAACUACCGUUGCUUGCUUGCCUAUUUGCGUGGCUGCCUGCUUGGAUGGCCGCCGCCUAAGGCUUGUGACGUUCCGUCUGCCUGCUUUGUGUGUAUCUCCUGUGAUUUCCUGUUCACCGAUCUACUUGUCUGGUGGGGUUUCGUUAGCGCCGUUGCGGUCUAGCCCCGGCAGCUCCCUUCGGCUGUCCUGCCUGAAUCUGUCCUCGUUGUCAGGUGCUUGGCCUGCGAGAGCAAGCGGCGCAAUGAGGCCGCUGGGCGCAGCGGUUGGGCUUUUCUCUUCGUGGCCCGUUCAUUGCCAACGUUUCUGCCGACGCUGGACGGCGAUGUGACACUGAAAGCGGAACGAUACACGCAGGAGGACGACGACGGUGACGAGGUGGUGGUUGGCAGAUACCGGCGUCCGUUAAAGGGUAGAAGCAGAAGUAACAGCUUCCGGUGUGAUGAGUCCGAGGUGGAGACGGGAAGAUAUCAAGUGGACAAUGGCGACGAUAGUGGGGAGUCAGAAGUAGGACAGUAAAAGUUGCUUAUGUGUCUCUUGUGCUGCUCAAUCUGUGCUUAUACCUGUCUGUCUUCUGUAGGAAGAGAAGCGACCGCACAAUAGUACAAUAAUAACAGAAGCAGCUCGUAUUGGAAAUAAAACGGGCAACAAAAAUCUCUCCAAGUGACAAACCGUCAAUAGGAACAGAUGAAGAAGAAUAUCGUCGCAGCCUAAACUUUUACCGACGAUAAAGGUGAAGAUCGAAAAUAAGGACUAUUACUAGCAGCAGAAAACCGUACUUUUUUAGAAAUCUAACAGAACCAAAAAAAACAAUUUUUGAUUGAAAUGUUUUCAUAACGUGUGAUUCUGUUCGCAUGAUGAGAAUGUAAUAAACUAUUUGACGUGACGCACCGUAGGAGCACACACGGAGGCAGCAUUACGGAUUCCUGAAGAAUGAGUUCCAGUCGAUCAAGCUGUUGUAGAUCCAUAUCGCUGUAGGCGUUUUCCAGUGCCUUCUAUUAUUGCCACGCAGCAAGAAGGGUUUAGGAGCAGUUCCGAUAUGCGGAGGGAUGCGGAACUAGAUACAAUACACUCCAUAUUGUGGGCUAACCAUCUCAAGCAACGCUGACUAACAAACCUAAACGGGCUGUAAGUCGACACAGGCCGGACAACCGAACCACUCGCAAAGAAGCUUCUCAUUCUGGGGAUAAGACUGUUAAGGAGGGAAUUAUCGAACGAAGAGCUUCCAUUUGCCCCGACAACGUUGCUCUUAACAGCUAGAAAUCCUGGAAUCGUGCGGCGUGAAGAUUACGCGAGCAAAGAGCGUGGCCGCAAGCGAACACCGCUGCAAGCCAUUGCUUCCGCUGCUACUGCUGCUGCUGCUGCUGCUCUUGCUACCUGGGGAGUUGCCUGCUUAAGACAACUCAAAACCCAACAGUGGCCCUCGAUAGCAAAACGCGCAAAAAAUGGGUAGUUGUGCUACCUGUAUUGAGACGCAGCCCGUCAACAGCUGAAAUCGUCUGCUAGACAACAGUAUCUCAGAAAGUCAUUAACCGCCGUUGGUCUCCACGUACAUACAAAUACACAUACAUACAUGCGCACUUAGAGAGAAACAGAGACGCGGUCGGGCCCGCAUGCAAACAGAAUAGGUAUAUUUUGCUGCAUCAAGUCUGCUCCUGCUGCUUCACAACGUAACCCAAGACCGACCGAUACCGGCAAACAGACACAACGUAAAAACAGAGCAUAACGGAAGAUCACACAGUUACACAGAUAGCUGUGAGCCCUACUCAUUACUUCUGGUUAGUGUAACAGCAAAUCCGUAAAUCACGCGCUUUACACAGGUAGCGUGAAGGGCGAAAGUGUUUAAAGUGGAGCAGAAGUGUAGGCGUUGAAUAAGCAAACUCGCCAACGUAAUACUAUUAAUACAUAGUACGAAGGCAAGGACGACGGGUCGACAAAAGAGAAGACUUCAAAGCAAACGUGAGAAAAGACAGUGUCUUUUUUUAAGACUUUUAGACACAUAGUGAGACUCGUUACCUGAUUUUCGUGACAGGAGAAAGACAGCGCAACUGAAAGAGAUCAAAAAUUGAAGAUAAAAAAUUACAAUAAAAAUAGUAUAGUCAACGAGUGAAGGCACUGGAAUAUACAGACCAAGCCAAGACUAGUGGCCACCAGCCAAGUGAACAUUGAUACACAUAGGCUGAGAUAUAGCAAGAUGAGGGCUUUGCAACAAAUCCUCAACGAGGUAAAACCUCCUUCAACUCGCUUGGCGGGUAUCGAAUUCCUGGAAAAGUUAACAGGAAUCGCUGCCAAGGCUGAUGGCAGGGACCGAUACUUAUUCGGUGUGGAUCUUGACGAGGUCUAUACGGGCGUAUUCAUCGGAGACGAAGGGGCGGCUCGAAAUGUCGAGUACCUCAAAUAUCUAGGAGUAACCCAUGUCCUUAACGCGGCCGAAGGCUUCGGUUUUGGACAGGUGUCAACAUCCGAGGAGUUUUAUAGGCCGCACGGGUUACGGUAUAAGGGCUUGGUACUCGAAGACGUCGCCCACACUGAUAUGAUUUCACAGUUUGAGCCUGCGUCAGAGUUUAUCGAUUCCGCACUACAGAACAAUGGAAAGGUCCUUGUGCACUGCUUAAUGGGCAUGUCCCGCUCGGCGACGCUAACAAUUGGCUUCCUAAUGCUACGUCGAAACAUGACCGUUGAACAAGCUUUGACCACCGUACGGGAGCGUCGCGUCGUACGGCCGAAUAACGGGUUCCUGCAUCAGCUGAUUCAACUGGAUACUCGAAUCCGUAGUGAACAACAGGCCUCUCUGUGAAGGUAGCAGAGCAUAUUCGCAUAGAUGGAAAAGGGCAAAUUCAAUAACCAUUGCUUUGAUUACUCUCAACAGCAUCACGGCGGUAGCUUAUAGAACGAACUGAUACCUGAAAGCAAAAGAUCACGUUUCCUUCGGAGAAACCAAGCGCUAAUUUAUUAGAUGUCACUUAUGUUCCUGGCAAUCAUUCGAGACGGAUCGAGCAGUUCGGAGGACCAAGUACACAGUAUGCCGGACAAAAAACAAAAAGUAAAUUGGAAGGAAAAACUAUCGAGAGGGAUGAAAUCCAGAUAAAGACCACAGUGCCCAACUGCCAGGGAGGCGCCAUAAACGAUGUGGGUAAAUGGCGGUGCAUCGUUGAUUGAAUGUAGAAAUGAACGCAAUAAAUGACGCCCAAAUUACUGUUAAAUUGCUAUUUUACUAUAGACAUAUAAUAGAUAAUAAUAUAAAACGAUUAUGGCAGUAGACAGCACCAAAGCAGCUGUGUUUUCCGUAAAAACUCGUAGGCGAAAACGGUGAAAGACAUCACAUUGGAAAAAAAUUACAACGAAUAUGGGAGAGAACAGACCAUUCUGGAGCUUCUGGAGGAUAUUCCAGAGUUUUGCGUUUUCGUUUUUAAAUAACGCCCUUUAGGAUGUGCCAGAACAGCAGGACAAAUUUAUUGUUGUGUACACUUCACUUAGGCCGUACUAAAAUUUGAAGGAAGUUGAUAUUCUGUAUAUAUUCCCAGCAAGUAUGUUGUGAACAACACAGAGCGAUCGUUUUUUUGUAAACAUAUCUCACGCUGCGUAACUUUCCUAUCAAUAUCUCUAUAAGUAAACGAAAAUAGUGCGUUAUUUUGACUUCGAGAUGACCAUACUUCAAUGAAAGUUCCCGGGCGCUUAAGAAGGUCAAGGCGUGGCGGGUCUCACCAACCGCCUCGAGCACUGUGGUGGUCUUGUGAACCAUAGCCUUGGGUGUUUUCUUCCUUAUCUGCCUCUGUCGACAGCAAAUAGAUAUUAUCAUUGACAGAUAGACUAGAGUCAGAGCGGAACGAAGUUAUCCCAGUUGUAGAGAAAUCGGCGACCGAACUCACCGACUGAUCUGAUGGGGGCAGAAGAUAUAUGUUGUGUAUUAUCCAUAUCGUGUCCCCAACACGGAACAAACAGACGACUGCCUGGAAGCACGACCUUAGUGAAAAGCUUAUACGUAAUAGUAGGCUGAUGCUUCACUUAAUAACGAAGCAGUUCAGAUUUAAGGUUACAUGUUGCCGUUAGCUACAGACAAAAAUGAAAAUCGGUCGCUUCCGAUGCCGACCGACAGAUGUCGCUUGCUGGCCAUCGUCUCUUGCCCGUUCCAUCAUGUUUCGAACAAGUAAGAAUUUUCACUAAAGCAAGAUUACCUUCUGAGGCUGGACCCGUUCAAAUAAAUUAUAAAACUAGUCCGAUAACAGGGCUCCCACUACGUAUAAUGACUAUCGUGACAACCGUACACGCAUCUGAUAGCAACAAGUACUUAGAGCAGCAACAGAGACUACACACUGGAGGCCUUCCCCUCGUGUUCGCGUACUCUCUUCAGAUGGACAUCUUUUGUCUACACAUCUCGACUUCACUACAGACCUCAAUGACUACAGGAACUUACGUGUAUAUAUUUGGUAGCAUCGUUUCAGUCCCGUCCUUUCAGUUCACUUGAACGUAAUUUUUUUGUUUCUAAACUUUUCUUUUUUUUUCUAUCAUUCGUUUCUAGCAUUCAAAAGGGUCCAGCACUCACGGAGCGUCCCGUGCCAAUAUUCUAGAGUUAUAUAAUUAAGCUAACAUUAUACAAGUAUUUUUAUACCAACAACAGUAACAAACAAUAAUUAAUAAAUGAAAUAUCAAGACCGACCAACAAAAUUGCAAAUCGAUUAUAUACUAUUACACAUAGAACAAUGACAAUGAUAUGCCAAAUGGCAGAAAAUGACAAACGCCCAACAACAAAGCCCUAUCACUGCUCGUACCUUAAUCAUUUAUGAGGAAACUACCAGUAAGAGUUGUAUGGAUAGCUAA